AACCCCUGCGUACCCCUUUCUCCACCCAAACCAUGGCCCGAGCCGGGGCCUUCGUGUGGGCAUUUUUAUCUGUAGUAUUACUAGCCUUCAACACUAGCCAUGGUGAUGCUCUUGGGGUGAAUUGGGGCACACAGGCCUCCCACAUUCUCCAACCCAGCAUUGUGGUUCGCUUGCUCAAGGACAAUGGAAUCAACAAGGUUAAGCUUUUCGACGCCGAUUCAUGGACCGUCAAUGCCUUGGCUGGCAGUGGCAUUGAGGUCAUGGUUGGCAUCCCAAACAAGGACCUGCAACGAUACAAUAGCUACAAAAAGGCCAAGCACUGGGUUGAGAAGAACGUUACCAAGCAUCUGUAUGACGGGGGUGUCGAUAUUAGGUACGUGGCUGUGGGGAAUGAGCCAUUCCUGACAAGCUACAAUGGUUCAUUCCUGAAUACUACCUUCCCUGCAUUGUCGAACAUCCAAAAGGCUCUGGACGAGGCCGGCCAUGGCGACAAGAUAAAAGCCACAAUCCCCCUCAAUGCCGAUGUCUACGAGUCUGCCACCAACAAGCCAUCAGACGGACAGUUCCGUAAAGACAUAAAGGAUCUGAUGAUAAAAAUAGUGAAGUUGCUCCAUGAAAAGAAAUCCGCCUUCGUCGUCAACAUUUACCCCUUUCUCAGCCUCUACCAAAACCCUGAUUUUCCCUUGGACUUCGCCUUCUUUAAUGGAGGUGGGAAUCCAACAGAAGACAAGGGCGUCCAGUAUACCAAUGUGUUUGACGCAAACCACGACACUCUCGUUUGGGCCCUGAGAAAGGCCGGGGUUCCAGACCUGAAGAUCUUAGUGGGGGAGAUCGGAUGGCCGACUGACGGCGACAAGAACGCCAAUCUCAAAUUGGCUAGAAGAUUCUACGACGGGUUGCUGAAGAAACUCGCAGAUGGCAAGGGGACGCCGCUCCGCCCUGGGCGCUUGGACGUCUACCUAUUCGGCCUCAUCGACGAGAACAUGAAGAGCGUUGCACCGGGGAGCUUUGAGCGCCACUGGGGGAUCUUCUUCUUCGAUGGGAAGCCUAAAUUUCCCAUGGAUUUCUCCGGGAAAGGCCUGGACAAGUUUCUGGAACCUGCUAAGGGAGUUAUCUACUUGGAACCAAAGUGGUGUGUGUUGAAUAGGGACGCCGUCAAGAACAUGACGCAGGUGGAGCCUUUCGUGAACUACGCCUGCUCAAACUCAGACUGUACAAGCCUGGGAUAUGGGUCGUCCUGCAACAACUUGGAUCAGAAUGGCAACGUCUCAUAUGCCUUUAAUAUGUAUUUCCAAAUGCAGAAUCAGGAUGUGGAGGCCUGUAAUUUCAAUGGGAUGGGGAAGAUAACCACCAAGAAUGCUUCAACGGGGACCUGCCUUUUCCCAGUACAGAUGAUGAGCGCCGGUGAGAAGCUGAUCGGAUAUGGGGUUUCAGUGACUGGUUUUAUGGGAUUGGUGUUGUUUGGAUUGUUGUGGUAGGAGGAGAAGCAUGGAGACCAUUAAUGCUUUGUUUUUCCUCUUCUGAUGGGAGAGAUUUGGGGAGUAUGGGUAGAUUAAGAUUGGGUGGGAGGAAUGAGGAGCGAGGAUGAAUCGGAGGAAGGGGGAGUUGUAUGUGCCUCUAAGCUAGCUAGCUGCACUGUAAGACAUUCGAUGAAUGGCUUUUCCAUGCUGGUGUUGAUGGGGUUGGCAUAUUUGGCAAAUUUCUAACAUGAAAACAGGUCUUUUAAUCCAAUUUCAUGCUAUAUUUAAUUA